AUGGACUAUUCAUCAAAGACUGUAGCUCAAUUAAAAGAAAUCCUGAAAGGCAAGGGCCUUUCAACAGCAGGAGUUAAAUCAGAACUGAUUCAACGUUUGAAAGAGGCUCCUGAAACCGAGGCAGGUGCCAUCGAUGAUGAAGAAUUGCUGGAGGAGGUCUCAGGGGAUGAAAAUAAGCAAGAAAAUGGUGCUUCAGAGAAAUCGAAAGACCAGAUUGUCGAAACUGCUAAAGAGCCUGAACCUGAAAAAGUUGACGCUACCACUACGGCUUCCGAGACCGGAAAACAAGUGGAAAAAACGGAAGAGAAAGACGAAACUCCUGUUAUCAAGGCCACACCAGAAGAAAUGAAAAAGGCAGCUAUCGAUCUAUUAACAACUAGAUUGAAUAGAGCUCAAAAGUUUCAAGAUGAAGCAUCGAUCAAAACCGUUGAACAGGAAAUCAGAAGGGUGGAGAAAUUUGGUGUCGCUUUAAACACUCAGCUUGCAGUUGAACUAGGAUUCAGCAAGCCUGAACGUCCAAAACCUGUUUUCCAAAGUAGGAAGAAUUUCCACAAGAAGGGCAAGUUCAACAAGAAAAAGCAGAAUAGAGUUCAUAAAUAA